AUGUCCGCUCAAGGAACUCCCAGUCCCACCGUUAGCGACUUCUCAAGCUCCGGCCACGACAGCGACACUUCCUCUAUCGGUGCAACGGCCGCUACAAAUGGCGGGCUUCCUCAAUCUGCCUCUGCUCCCACCGUUCCCGAGGAGCAGAAUGGGACUGCUGCCACGAGCCUUCCACUUCAUGGCGCCAAUACAGCAGGGGAGUCCAGCACUACACAACCCAAUACGGCAUCCAUCUGGGAGAACGGCCCCGGCCCCGCUACUCAGCAGACCUUCCCCUCUCAAGCACUCAGCGCCUCCGCAGAUGCAGCCAGCGGUGGCUACUCCUUCUACUUUCUACCUCCUCCGCCCAUGGACCCUACCUCAGGAGAACUCCACCCCUCCCUCCUCGAUAGGCUCAAUCCAGCCGCAGUUCCCGACGACUCCAUCCGUCACAUCGUUGACCGCCUUUUAAGCCCACCCGACUACCUGUACAAUGCGGAGCGCACCAGGGUAACGAUCGACAUUGUCUGGGCAAUUGGCAUCAUCGGCCGUGAGCACUUCCACUCCAGCUGCGUCGCCCGAGCGUCUGUAUCUUCGCCCGGACAGCGAGUUUAG